CCGAUUCCAAUCAGUAAGAUGAAAACAAGCUAGUUUUCAUUCGGUGUUCGCAACUCUUGCUUUCUAAGUAGAAUUUUUGAAAAUCUUUGUUACAUUUGUACACGAUCCCGCUGAGAAAGGAUUCGUCUAGUCGAAGUCGCAGUCGUCUUCAGCGCAACAAAUCAGUUUAUCCGUGAGUCUAGAGUCUGUAAAAGGUGUAACAAAAUUAUUUUUUAUCGUUGAAAAUCGCGUGAAAAGAAGUCAUCAUGCCGCAAGUUUUUGAAACGUAUAUCCCACUCCCAACCACGCUUGGAUGCACUCCGAAGUUGAGGACAGCCACAAAGGGGAACAAUGUGAUCCGUGGGGUCCCAAUAGUCAACGGAGAGCUUGGCCAACUGUCGGCCAAAAUUCGUACAUUCCUCGAGGAGUCGGUUGCCCUGUGUCAGCCGGAUCGCAUCCACAUCGUUGAUGGAGGCGACAAAGAAAGCGCAACUCUGCUGAACAUUUUGCACGCCCAGGGAACGAUUCAACCUUUGCCGAAAUAUGACAACUGUUGGUUGGCUCGUACCAAUCCGACUGAUGUGGCCCGAGUUGAAUCUAAAACAUUUAUUUGUACUGAUAAACGGGAGCAGACCAUUCCAACUCCGAAGGCUGGCGUCAAUGGAACACUUGGCAACUGGAUUUCACCGGAGGGCUACGAUACCGCCAUCCGUUCACGUUUCCCCGGAUGUAUGAAGGGACGAACUAUGUUCGUAGUCCCGUUCUCUAUGGGACCCAUCGCAUCGCCAUUGUCCAAGUUCGGUAUUGAAAUUACCGAUUCAGCGUAUGUCGUAUGCUCGAUGAGAAUCAUGACUCGCAUGGGAUUGGAGGUCCUGGAGAAACUCGCAGACAAUUCGGACUUCAUCAAAUGUCUCCACUCGGUCGGAACUCCAAUCAACGGAAAAAUCUCCAUGCCAUCAUGGCCGUGUGAUCCGGAGCGUACCAUUAUCCUGCACAAGCCCGCCAAUAACGAGAUCGUUUCUUACGGAUCGGGUUAUGGCGGUAAUUCUCUGUUGGGCAAAAAGUGUUUUGCUCUCCGGAUUGGAUCCACAAUCGCUCAACGGGAAGGUUGGCUUGCCGAGCACAUGCUAAUCCUUGGCAUCACCGAUCCUAAUGGCGUGAAAAAAUACAUUGUUGCUGCUUUCCCAUCUGCUUGCGGAAAAACUAAUCUCGCCAUGAUGAAUCCCACUCUACCCGGUUACACAAUGGAGUGCGUGGGAGAUGACAUUGCGUGGAUGAAGUUCGAUUCCAAGGGACAACUUCGUGCCAUCAAUCCGGAGAAUGGUUUCUUCGGAGUCGCUCCUGGUACCUCCAUGGAGACCAACCCCAAUGCCAUGAAUACCGUGUACAAAAACACGAUCUUCACAAAUGUGGCUGCCACUUCGGACGGCGGAGUCUUUUGGGAAGGUAUGGAAAAAGAAAUCUCUCCUGAUGUGGAAAUAACGGAUUGGUUGGGUCAACCGUGGAAACUGGGUGUUUCCAAAACCCCAGCAGCACAUCCCAAUUCCCGUUUUUGCGCACCGGCCAGUCAGUGUCCGAUCAUUGAUUCCGCAUGGGAAGAUAAUGAAGGAGUACCAAUCUCAGCCAUUCUCUUUGGAGGUCGUCGCCCGGAAGGUGUCCCCCUGGUUUAUGAAGCAAACUCCUGGGCUCACGGAGUUUUUGUUGGAUCUGCCAUGCGCAGCGAAACUACAGCCGCUGCUGAGCAUAAGGGUAAAAUGAUCAUGAACGAUCCGUUUGCGAUGAGACCAUUCUUCGGGUACAAUUUCGGUGACUACCUGAAACAUUGGUUGAGCAUGGAACAACGCGCUGAAAAGGCUGGUGGACAUCCACCAAAAAUCUUCCACAUCAACUGGUUCCGCAAGGAUGCCAAAGGAAAGUUCCUCUGGCCAGGUUUUGGCGAAAAUAGUCGUGUUCUGGAAUGGAUUCUUCGUCGUAUCGAUGAUCAGGACUGCUAUCGGGAUACACCUAUCGGUCGCGUACCCAGUGCUGGAGCUUUGAAUCUCGACGGUCUAAAAAGUCCCGUAGACGAAAAGGAGCUGUUCGCGAUACCGAAACAAUUCUGGCUGAAAGAAGUCGAUGAGAUUAAGCAAUACUAUGACAACCAACUGCCGCAUGAUCUGCCGCAGGAAAUAGCCAAAGAGCUGCAGAAGCUCACCGUCCGUGUUGAGCAAAUGUAGACUAGAAUUAAGACGAAGCGCGUAUUAAACUUAACUAAUUUAA